AUGGCCGACUCUGCUAGCGGAUCUGCAAGCGCGCCGAGCUCAGAUUUCUACACCGCUGCGGGGUUCAGAAAGUGGGUCGUGGAGAACAAGAUCAAGGCCGUUGGUUCUCUAUGGGCGUCAGCGGUGGGUGGAUCCAUUUUGUACAAUCUCCGCAAGCCCGGGGAGAAGAUGAGCGUCAAGAUCAUCCAUGCUCGGUUACAUGCUCAAGCAUUGACAUUGGCGGCAUUGCUGGCUGCUGGCGCUGUGGAGUACUACGAGCAUUCCUCAGGGGCGAAAGUGGAGAAAAGGGUACCUGGCUUGCCAUCAUGCUCUGCUGUUAGUGCACUCCCUUGUGCUGCUGGGUGGGUUCCUGCUACGGUGUCCCGCCAGCAACCGUCCCCCGCUUUAGCACACCUCGCCCGGGCCCGUCACAGCCCGUCGCCGCCAAUUCGUCGGAGGGAGUACGAGAGGAGCAAGCAGUAUGUGUUUGUAGCGGCCACCAUGCCAACGGGCACCAAGAAGAGCGUGGGGGAGGUACUCGCGAAGCAGUUCCCCGCCGCCGUGUGGGUCAGCGGUGUCCUGCUGCACCGCCACAACCCCUUGUCAGUGCCCAUCACCGCACUCCAUACCUGCACACCCACACACACCCAAAGGCUUGUACGGCUUGACUGGCAUCAGGUGGAUGACAGCUCGCGAGCCGCUGCACUGCUGAGAGCGCUGGCUUGUGGAAAUGGUCAGCUGGAGGGAGGAGUGGAGAGCGGUGCAAAUGGUGUGCCGAGUGCAGAGCAGCAGGACAGCAUCCAGCGGACCAUGGUCUUUGCCAACGACGUGGAAUCGGUGGACGCCAUUGGCCGGCUCCUCCAGCGCCACCUGUCCUCCUCUGCUGCUGCCACGUCAGCAGUAGUAGCCGAUGACAUGGCGGUAGGAGGAGCCGCUGAUGUGGCAGCAGAAAGGGGUGCUGACGUGGCAUGGUGUGCAGUGUACCACAAGGACGUGCCGCUGGACGAGCGGGAGCGCGCACUGAGAAGGUUCCAGGAAGGAGGGGGUGUGCUGGUGUGCAUUGAUGCUGCUUCAAGGGGAAUUGACGUGGAGCAUGUGUCUCACGUGGUGCAGGCCGAGUUCGCCCUCAACGCCCCUGGCAGAGACGGGCAGACCAUGGCAAAGAGCACAUUGCUUCAGAUUCAGAGCUAG